UUAUGAACAUAUAUAAUGUACAUAAAAGGCAGACUUUGUAAAAUAAAAAGGUCUUCUAUAAAAAAAAUAUUAAAAAGUCAAAGUAAAGUGCAUGAAACAGUUUUUCCUCCACUUUAACUAUUGUGUCGAAGUCUUAGCACAUAGCAUUAUGUUUUUUUAAUGGGAGAUCUUCUUGUGCCACCCAUUAGUCAGUUACUUUACUGGUGAGAUGAAAUUAUGAUGGUGAUGUUUACAAACAAGAAUCAGAACAGUUUAACCCAAUGAACCCACAAAAAAACCACCUAAGAACAAAGGCAAUAUGGGCUUCCUAUACACUUCUCUUCAACAAGAUUUAACAAUCAGUGGAAAGGUUCACUCUCGUUAAAGAAAACUGGUAGGAAACAAGUUUCAUAAAUAGGGCAGUUUUGAUAGUUAGGGGCUCCCCUACUGUGCAAUCAGUUCUUGGUCUAUGAGCAUCAACAUUCAUACUUAAAUAUGGCAUUGCAAAAGAAAUACUAUAUAAAAAAAACUUUCCGCCUGCCUUCGUUGGAAGGAAAAAAAGUUACUCGACCCCAAUCCAGACAAAAGACGACUGCUUUCCUAUGAGGUCUCUUAUGAGGGCGAGUGCACAAAGAGAGUUAAGGAAAGCACUGAGGAUGCUGAGCCCUCUCAUUUUUCCAACUCUGGAGGCAGAGUCCUGGAGUGGAACUGGGCCGUAAUUUUAUCGAUUGCGCUCUGCAUCUUCAGAGAUGUUGACAAAGCGAGUUAACCGCCGCUCUGGACAGCCCCGGCAGGCUGUGCAUUUCCCCCGUGGCCGGCAGUGCAGCGAGCCCGGGGCAGCGGGGCGGCAGCGGGGCCAGCUCCGGCCGGGCAGCACCGGGAGCAGCGCAGAGCCAGUGCGGCGAGCCCGGGGCAGCGGGGCGGCAGCGGGGCCAGCUCCGGCCGGGCAGCACCGGGAGCAGCGCAGAGCCAGUGCGGCGAGCCCGGGGCAGCGGGGCGGCAGCGGGGCCAGCUCCGGCCGGGCAGCACCGGGAGCAGCGCAGAGCCAGUGCGGCGAGCCCGGGGCAGCGGGGCGGCAGCGGGGCCAGCUCCGGCCGGGCAGCACCGGGAGCAGCGCAGAGCCAGUGCGGCGAGCCCGGGGCAGCGGGGCGGCAGCGGGGCCAGCUCCGGCCGGGCAGCACCGGGAGCAGCGCAGAGCCAGUGCGGCGAGCCCGGGGCAGCGGGGCGGCAGCGGGGCCAGCUCCGGCCGGGCAGCACCGGGAGCAGCGCAGAGCCAGUGCGGCGAGCCCGGGGCAGCGGGGCGGCAGCGGGGCCAGCUCCGGCCGGGCAGCACCGGGAGCAGCGCAGAGCCAGUGCGGCGAGCCCGGGGCAGCGGGGCGGCAGCGGGGCCAGCUCCGGCCGGGCAGCACCGGGAGCAGCGCAGAGCCAGUGCGGCGAGCCCGGGGCAGCGGGGCGGCAGCGGGGCCAGCUCCGGCCGGGCAGCACCGGGAGCAGCGCAGAGCCAGUGCGGCGAGCCCGGGGCAGCG